AUGGACCAAAAAGAUGGCCAACUGAAGUUCUGUGUGGACUACCAGAAGCUGAAUUACAUCACCAAAAAGGACAACUACCACCUCCCACGUAUCGCUGACACACUUGAUACACACUCUGGCACCAGGUGGUUCUCUACAUUGGACCCGAAGAGUAGUUACUGGCAAGUGGAGCUGAACCCCGAGGAUAAGGAGAAUACUGCUUUCACGACAUGUAGUGGGCUGUUCCAGUUCACUGUUACCAUUUUGGCUUACUUCAGCUGUGCUGAGGCGUACACCUGCACCGCCGCCGGACGGUUCGCCGCCACCAGCUGCCACCAGUACUACCUGUGCGUCGCUACAUCAAGCGGCUACACCGCCUACCUCUACACCUGCGCCGGUAGCUCCACCUUCAGCUCGGCGACCAAACUCUGCUCCACUGCCAGCACCACCUGCUCUUCUUCGAGCACCACUUCCACCUCGACUACCACGUUAGCUUCCAGCACGACCACUGCCUACCCAUGCACCGCCGCCGGACGGUUCGCCGCCACCAGCUGCCGCCAGUACUACCUGUGCGUCUCUACAUCAAGCGGCUACACUGCCUACCUCUACACCUGCCCUGGUAAUUCCACCUUCAACUCGGCCACCGAACUCUGCUCUACCGCCAGUACUACCUGCUCUACAUCCAGCACCACUUCCACCUCGACUACCACGUUAGAUUCCACCUCGACCACCACGACGACCGCGGGCUAA